GGAGUUGAGGAACAGGCUCUUUCAUUGUGCAACUCUGAGCAAGGAAUGUCCAAGGGCUAUUAAAAUCUCAGACAACGUGCUGUCCCUUGGGUGAUUAUAUCUCUGCAUUUCCCUUGUCUCCGUGGACAAAGAUGCUGCUGAAAUUUUUUCUGAGUGCCCUUGUCAGUCACCUAACAGCUGCAUAUGCUCCUGAACUACAGUACAUCCUGAUGGUGCCGUCAGUGCUGCAGAGCAGCUCUCCGGAUCAGGCCUGCCUGCAGCUCCACAACCUCAAUGAAUCGGUAUCUGUGAGUGUCGUCCUGGAGUACAGCGGUUCCAACACCACUAUUUUUGAGCAGCCUGUGAGAGGAAAUUACUUCUUCCAGUGCAUCAGAUUCAUGGCUCCUCGUGCCACCUUUUCCCCCUUGGCUUUCAUCACUUUCUCUGCCAAAGGGGCCACAGUCAAGCUGACAGAGAGGAGGUCGGUGGCAAUUCAAAAUGUGGACAGCGUUGUCUUUGUCCAGACAGACAAACCCAUCUACAAGCCGGGACAGACAGUGCUGUUUCGAGUUGUCGCUCUCGAUACCCAUUUUAGGCCUGUUCAGGAGACGUAUCCCUUGAUCACCAUUCAGGAUCCUCAGGGCAAUCGGAUCUUCCAGUGGCUGAAUGUGACAUCUCAGGUGGCCAUCGUCCAGCUCACGUUCCAGUUAAUCAAAGAGCCAAUGCUGGGCAACUACCAAAUCAAUGUGGAAAAGAAAUCGGGAUCUAGCACUCGUCACUCAUUCUCUGUGGAGGAAUAUGUGCUACCAAAGUUUGAAGUUAUGGUCCACGCACCAAAAAGUGUCUCAGUCCUGAAUCCCGAUUUGACAGUGAAAGUUUGUGGUGUGUACACCUAUGGCCAGCCUGUCGAGGGGAGAGUCCAGCUCAGUGUGUGCAGGGAUUUCAGUUUGUAUGGAAACUGCAAGAGAGACCCACUUUGUCAGUCUGUUACCAAAGAAAUGGGGAAGGAUGGCUGCAUCUCCCAUGUCUUCAGCUCCAAGAUCUUUGAGCUUAAUCGCUCUGGGUACCAGAUGAACCUUGAUGUAAAAGCAAUCGUGACAGAGAAGGGAACAGGUGUGCAGCUCACCGGCUCUGCCUACAUUUCCAUAACCCAGGUGCUGGGCAGUGUGCGGUUUGAGAACAUGGAUCAAUCCUACAAAAGGGGAAUUCCUUACUUUGGACAGGUCAAACUGGUAAAUGAGGAUGACUCACCCAUCGCAAAUGAGGUUGUCCAGCUGCUCCUCAAUGACAAGAAUGUGGGCAACUACACCACAGAUGGGAAUGGCACCGUUCAGUUUUCAAUUGACACUUCUGAAAUGUUCAAUCCUCAAUUUACCCUGAGAGUGAUCUAUAAAACCAACGACAACUGCAAUGUAGUUGGUUGGUUGAUACCUUACUAUCCUGAGGCCUAUUACUCUGUCCAGCGCUUCUACUCCCGGACUAACAGCUUUGUGAAGAUCAAGUUGGAGACGGAGGUGUUGAGCUGUGGCCAGCAGAGGUCAAUCACAGUGCACUAUGUCCUGAACAAAUACGGGUACGGGAAGAUCACCAGUGUGAAAUUCUACUAUGUGGUGAUGGCGAAGGGCAAGAUUGUCCUCAGUGGCAAACAGCAUGUCAGCACCAGUGGUGCAUCUCUAAAAGGCACUUUCUCCAUCCCACUCGCUGUCAGUGAGAAGCUGGCUCCUGCUGCCCGGAUGCUGGUCUACACCGUGCACCCUGCCAGGGAGCUAGUAGCCGACAGUGCCAGAUUCCAGAUUGAGAAGUGCUUCAAGAACAAGGUCCAGCUGCAGUUCUCCAAGAAGCAGGGGCUCCCAGCCUCUAAUGUCAGCCUCCACCUUGAAGCUUCAGCCAACUCCCACUGUGCUCUGCGGGCUGUGGAUGAGAGCGUGCUGCUCUUGAGACCUGAGCGAGAGCUGUCUGCUGAGACUGUGUACAACCUACUUCCCUUGCAAGAGUUAUAUGGUUAUUACUUCAGCGGGCUGAACCUGGAAGAUGACAGCAAAGAGCCAUGUGUUCCGGCUGACAACAUCUUUCACAAUGGCUUGUAUUACAUGCCUGUGUCCUCUGACUUCGGCCCAGAUGUCUAUCAAUAUUUCAAGGAGAUGGGCAUGAAGGUUUUUACCAAUGCUCAGCUGCGGCAGCCCGUGGUGUGUGGAAGUGUCAGACCAAGCCCUGAUUUCCUUGGCCGUCCUGGCUUUGGUGGGAGUUUGUCCACAACUAUGGCUACUGCGAAAUUGUCAGAGACUGUCUCUGCAGAUGAUUCUCGAGGCAGAGUCAUGACUGAGACUGUUCGGAAAUUCUUCCCCGAGACAUGGAUUUGGGAUCUCUUUUCAGUAGGUUCCACUGGCAAGGCCAACAUUGUAUUCACCAUCCCUGACACCAUCACCGAAUGGAAAGCCAGCGUUUUCUGUUUGGAGAAGGAGUCUGGAUUUGGUAUCUCUGCACCCACCUCCCUGACAGCCUUCCAGCCUUUCUUUGUUGACCUGACCUUGCCCUAUUCCAUCAUCCGGGGGGAAGACUUCCUCCUUAGAGCCAACGUCUUCAACUACCUGGACAGGUGCAUCAAGGUUGGUAUUUUGCUAGCCAAUUCCCAGGAUUACCAGGCUCAGCUCCUUUCCCCAAAUGGAGAUGAUGGAUGCGUGUGUGCCAAUGAGAGGAAAACCUAUGUCUGGAAUAUUAUCUCAAAAAAACUCGGUGAUGUGUUGUUCAGUGUUACUGCUGAGACCAAGAAGAAUGGUGGGAAGUGUGGGAACAGAACAUCUGGGAGGCCGGAGAUAGGGUGGAAGGACACCCUGAUUAGAACCCUGUUGGUUGAGCCUGAAGGCAUCGAAAAGGAGGUGACCCAGAGCUCCCUCAUCUGCACAAAGGAUGCUGCAGCCACGGAACCAGUGUCUCUGAAGCUGCCUGAAAACCUGGUGGAAGGAUCAGCCAGAGCCUCUUGUUCUGUCACUGGCGAUAUCCUGGGCACAGCCAUGCAGAACCUGCAGCAGCUCCUCCAGAUGCCCUUUGGCUGCGGGGAGCAGAACAUGGUCCUGUUUGCCCCCAACAUCUACGUCCUGGACUAUUUGAAUAAGACGGGGCAGCUGAGUGAGGAGACCAAAUCCAAGGCCAUCAGCUACUUAGUCAGUGGGUACCAGAAGCAGCUGUCAUACAAACACCCGGAUGGAUCCUACAGUAUCUUUGGGACCAGAGAUAAGGAAGGAAACACAUGGCUCACCGCCUUCGUAUACAAGUCAUUCGCACAAGCCAAGCGCUAUAUCUUUAUUGAUGACCAUGUCCAGUCCCAAACUCUGAUCUGGCUCUCAAGCAAACAGAAGUCAAGUGGUUGCUUCCAAAGUGUUGGGAAACUCUUCAACAAUGCCUUGAAGGGAGGAGUCGAUGACGAGCUUUCACUGACAGCCUACAUCACCACAGCUUUGCUUGAGGCUGGACACCCCAGCUCGCACCCCGUGGUCCGAAAUGGCCUGUUUUGCUUGGAGGCUGCAUCUGGAGAGGAAAUCAGCAAAGUUUACAUCCAGGCACUCCUGGCCUAUAUCUUCUGCCUGGUCGGCAAUGAGGGGAAAUGUGACUUCUUCUUGAAGGAGCUGGACAAAUCAGCUAAGAAAGUCGGUGGCUCAGUGCACUGGGAACGGGCGGUAAAGCCCCCUGCAGAAACAUUCCCCUCUUUCUAUUCCCGUGCCCCCUCUGCUGAGGUUGAGAUGACCAGCUAUGUGCUUCUGGCAGUGCUCCACAAACCCAAACGGGCUCAAAAGGACCUAACAUUCGCCUCACAGAUUGUGCAGUGGAUCAUCAGACAGCAGAAUCCCAAUGGGGGUUUCUCUUCCACCCAGGACACAGUUAUUGCUCUUCAAGCGCUGGCUGAUUAUGGUGCAGCAACCUACUCUGAGAACGGCCAAAACACAGUUAAAAUCAGCUCCAGCAAGCCUUUUGAGAAGGUCUUUGAGGUGAAUAGCCAGAACAGACUACUGUUGCAGCGGAGUUCCCUGCCUGAUGUCCCAGGGAAUUAUACCCUGGAAGUGAAUGGCAAUGGAUGUGUCUUUGUGCAGACAACCCUGAGAUACAACAUCCUUCUUCCCAAUAAGACUUCUGGGUUCUCUCUCUCAGUGCAGACGGCAAAUGCUUCCUGCGCAGACAGUUUCCGGGCAAAGUUUGACAUCAUCCUCUCAACCAGUUAUGCCGGGAAACGCAAUAUCUCCAACAUGGCCAUUAUCGACGUCAAGAUGCUCUCUGGCUUCGUACCUGUCAGUUCAUCCCUGCAAAAGCUUCGUGAGGAUCAGAAAGUGAUGCAGGUAGAAACCAAGCAAAACCACGUCCUCUUCUAUCUGGAGAGUGUCUCACGGAAGACUAUCAGUUUCUCCUUCUCUGUUGAACAAGACCUUCCUGUGUCCAACAUCAAACCAGCUUCAGUGCUGAUCUACGAUUACUAUGAAACAGACGAACAUGCUGUUGCAGAAUACAAGUCACUCUGCAAUGAAGCUGCCCCUGAAAGCAUUGAAUAGCCUGGAAAGGACUGUGGUGAACAAUGAACAAGUGAUCAUGUUUCCUAUUUUCCUCUAUGUUCAGUCACAGAAAGGGCCAUUUAAUUGCACUUCACCCUUCUAAUCACAGGGGUCCAUGACAACGUGUGUCAUUUUUACCUGAACUUAGGCCUGAUGCUUCCUUCCAUGAAGCUUUUCUCCAGGUCCAUAUCCUGAAUAUGUAUUAGUUCUCGUCAAUAAAUUUUCUCAUUAUUGGAGAUGCACACCUGGUCUCUG